AUGAAGCCAGAAGGUUACCCCGUCACAACAGACGAAUAUAAACUAAAGACUAUAUUCAGACACUCGCAAUUACGUCAUUUUGUCAUAUUCCAUGGCGCUGAUGAGAAGAAUAAGAGAGAAAUUUUAUUGGAUGGAGAAAAAACCAUCUCUGUGUCGCCUCAAGACGAUUGCGAACAUUUCGCUGAUGUUAUUGUUACUGCUAGAGAAGGUAUUUAAUACUGAGCAGAAGGUAUAUUUAGCAAUUAAAAUUACACAUGCAAAAAUCAAGCCGUCAACAAGUUGUGUUCGCACUGCAUGUCCCAAGUUGUCAACAAGUUUGGAACAAGCUGUUGACAACUUGUAACAAGCUUGAUGGCAUUAUCAGACUUGUUGAAAGGUUGUUCCAACAAGUCUGAUACAGUCAUGAUAUAUAACAAUACUGUUACAACCUUGUGUCUUCAACUUUGACCGUGGCUUUAAUUGUGAAAUUCUUGUUAUGUCAUGAUUGUAUAUAUGCAGUCAUACUUGUUAGAACAACCUUGUAACAAGUAUGAUAUUGUCAUCAAGCUUGUUACAAGUUGUUAACAACUUGUUCCAUGCAAACCUGUUACAACCGGGAACAAGCAGUGCGAACACAAUUUUCGACAGCUUGUGAACAGAUUUGUAACAACUUGUUGCAGAUUUGUAACAACUUGUUCACGUUUAGGAUGCAUACGACUCACGGUUAAGCUGCGUGCAGUUCACGUUUAAGAUGCAUGUGAUUCAUGGUAAAGCUGCGUGCAGUUCACGUUUAGGAUGCAUGCCAUUCACGGUUAGGCUGCGUGCAGUUCACGUUUAGAAUGCGUGCGAUUCACGGUUAAGCUGCGUAGUGUUAUAACUAGAAAAGCAGAAUUGUGAUUCUAACCUGUUUUGUUUUUGUACUUUUUUCUUUCCACAGCUCCAGCGCAAGAUAUCAGAUUUUCUGAAACAAAUCUACCAGCAGACAAUCCAGCAAAUGUUAAUGUCCCAACAGACUUGAAGAAAACGUCCCCAACAAAACUAGGUAUAUGCAAAGAAAAUAGCGUUAAAUACAUCAUACUAUACGCUUUACUAUAACUAAACAGUGGAACCCCGUUCAGGGUUCGUAGUCUCCAAGACCAAAAGAAUUCAAAGACAUUCAAAGAUUUUUUCUGCCUAUUGUCAAAGACUUUUCAAAGACCUUUGAGAGCAAUCAGCUGUCGAGAAAUUGCGAUGUAUAAGCACCAUUUUACCAGGUAAUUAGUCCCUUCGAAUCACUUCCUAAAAUGCACUUUUUCGUCGAUAUUUGCGAAAAUCUUGCUUCAAUCAAUCUAUUUUAUUAGCUAUAGGAAAUCGUAUAAUCAAAUACUCACUAAAGAAUUUAAAGACUAUUAAAGACUUUCUUCGCUUUUUCACACGAUUCAAAGACUUUUCAAAGACCUUAAAGACCUGCAUUCAAAUUUAAAGACUUUCCAGGAUUUCAAAGACCGCUACGAACCCUGCCGUUAUUGAAGAUUUUAUCUCUGUGCAUGUGGUCAUUCCAGCCAUUGUGUGACAUUUAUAGUUAGUUUAUAUCUUUAAUAAUGGAAACUUGUAAAAUAAAUAAAAUAAAAACUAAAAUCAAAUAAAUUUAUUUAUAUUGGUCACUCUAUUAGCUCUAAACAUAUUUUACCUAGUAGUCAAGGCAGACCAUCCGUAGUCAGUUCAAUGUAAAUACACGAGGAAACAUGAAUACCUGGGGCCGGUUGUUCAAAGCCGGAUUAGUGUUAACCCUGGGUUAAAAUUUAGCCUGGGGCCAAUUGUUGGGAACCCAAUUAGCUCAACCCUAUAUAGGUUAACCCUAAAUUCAAAGCAAACUUCCUAACAGCUUGUUUAUCAAUUUGGAAAUAUUUCUUUAGAAAUCUUGUCUGGGUCAGUAAGAAUUAUUUUCUCUUUGGUUUUGAAAUAAACUUAAGCUAAGUUUAACUAGGAUUAAGUUAAAUUAACUGGCUUUCGAACAACACGCUUGUCACUUAGCCCGCAAGAUGAAUCUGUUAUUCAAAGUUGUGAAUUCGAUAGCAUUAAGAAACGUUAUUGUUGUUCAGUCAAAGUUGAUAACAUUUCUCACAUAUAUCUUUAUUCAGAAACUAAGAAGACAGCACGCCAGCAGAUAGAAGAUGCGGAUAAGAAAGGUAAACGUGACUCCAAAAUAAAAACUACGAUUAUCUGCCAGUUAGUUCUUCUGUGGUUAAAGAUGUAA